AUGUGCCAAGCCGGUGCCAUGGCUACCAAGUGGUUUGUCGGGGCGCCCUUCGGGGUACAGAGUGCCAGGUUUGAUGUCUCUGCUGUUUAUCCCAACCAGAAGAAGUUUAGCACCUUCACGGAGGCCCCAUAUUCCAGGCGUUAUUCCGUGGAAUUGUCCCACAUAGGACCUGGGACCUAUGGCUCCAAGGAGACUUGCUUCAGCAAGAAGACGCUGAACAAGGAGGUAUGCACAGGCUGGGCCAAGGCCCAAGAAGCUACCCGGUUGACCCAGUUGCCCCACUUCCAGUACCAGGCCAUUAUGAGAGAGAAACAGAUGCAGGAGGAAAAGCUGGGGCCUGGCUCUUACAAUUUCAAAGACUUCUUGGAACAGCUACAGCAGAAGCCAAGCAGCACCCGGGGACUGCUCAGCUCUGGGGAGAUUCGAUUCCGAGGCCUCAUCGGGAACUACUAUCCAGGCCCUGGUAAUUAUGGAGAGAAGGGCAAUCCGUUCACAAAGCUGGAGAAGAAUGCUUGGAACCGAUCCCAUUCCGAGGGCCUCAUGUGCAGGAUGUCCAACAAGCCGCCCCCCCUGGCUCACCAGGGAAGUGGUCUGGGACCAGGGACCUACUUCUUCAAAAGUGGCAUGGACACAUACCUGGCACAAAGAGUCGGUACCCGCGGCCCUUAUGACAUUUUCUCUGGUGACCGCACCAAGCCCCAGCCUUAUGGACAUUACUCCAUGCAGAAAAAAAAGCCCAGGGAACUGACAAGCUUCAAGAGCUUCGUGGAAGAACUGAACUCACACCACAAUAAGAAACGUGGGAUGUUCUCAAAACUUGCCCGUAACCCGAAAAUUCCUACCGAGAGGAUUUACUGGGCCACCCCUAGCCAGUGUCCCCGGACAUUGGCCACGUCUGGUCCUGGAACAUGGAUUAUGCGCAAGGUGGAGCGUAAACACGUCAACCAGCCACCAUUCCUGAUGUCCUCAAAGCGGAUUGACACAAAGUCUUACCAGCUGCUUUUGGGAGGCUGGAACCCUGUUGGCGUGGGCCGCUACCUCAACACCUGGUUGAUGGAGACAAAGGACAGACGGCAGCGAUACCGAUCUCUGUACCUGGGUGAAUCUAAGCGUUACCCAUCAGACCCAGCCUGGGACAUGCUCUUACAGGAAAGGAUCACACCUUUUACUAAAGGGAAGUGCCUUCCAACUGAGGAUUUCAAUUCAGAUCCUGCUCCUUAA